UAGAAAUGUUAAGCUGUUCGAUAAGCGUUUUUGGAUUCAACGUAAAUGUUACAAAAGUAGCUGUCGUUACGUUUGUCCUUGUCCCUGUGGCAUGGGCAUGCUGGAGAAUAUGGAUUAAAAGAAUGCGAAGAAAAAUUAGAAAAAAAGUUCCGGUGCUGUGUCUAUGUGAAGAAGGGCACUACAAAAAUGCAUUCAAGUUCUUCGCUGAGAAUAACAUGAACUUUGAAGUCAUCUGGUUAAACAGCUGGGAUUAUGGUAGCAAAUUUUUAUUGCUGUGUGAUGUUGUUAGUCGAAUUCCUGAGGAUGUCCAAUAUGUCCUAUACAAGUUGAAAAUAGAUGGUGAAGCAUUAAAAACCAACACAAUGGUUGUUGCAAUGCACAGAUCAGAAUGCGGACAAACGGAGACUGUAUACAACCGCAGUAGUACUCCGGAAGAUACACUGCAUUCGUUGGCGUUAACAAAUAUAUACUAUAAUGGGGAUCGUACAUUCGAUUGUCUUCAAAACAAAAACGCUAAAGGUGGCAUCGAGUCGUUUUUGACUGAAUGAUCAUUUUGUAUUACUUGAUUACUAGAACCCAUUAGAAAUAUAACGGACUUGUCGCAAACAGAGAAAAUUCGGACUUAUUUUUUUUUCUUUAUUUUUCUCCACUAAAAAUAUUUCUGCAUCACAAUUUAUGUUUAGUGGAAUGAAAAUUUUAUUAUUUUCUCUUAUUCUGAUGUACGUAAUUACGACAGUCAUAUUCAAAGCAUAUGCGCGGAUUUUUGCGCAGAGGUGCGAAAUCUUGA